CAAAGACACUAUUUAUAAAAGGUUUUAUUAGGCUUACAGACUUUUAACUGAAUGCUAUUAAUUAACACCACACUGUGUAAGGGAGGAGCUUACACACAAGGAAGAGACGUGAGCGAGGGGAAGCGAGGAGACCCACCAAGAUUCAAAUCAUUACCACAUUACAUAUAAGCCUUUCAGACACAGGAUGAGUGUCCACAGCAUGGGACCCACGGGUGCUGAUGAGUCUGAGAAGGAGACGGUGACUCUCGAUGAUUCAGAGACACCUGGUUGUGUUGUCAAUCAAAGCUGUGAGAGGUGGGAGGGGCAGGACACCCUUGGGUGACUUGGUCUCCCCUUUCCCUCCUCACUAUCCUUUCAGUGACAUCCCCUUCUGACCCAAGGGGGUUAUUUUUGCCCAACACUGUCACGCCCCAUUGCUGAGGCCUCGGGUACAACUUGAACCUCUCUCUCUCUCUCUCUCUCUCUCUCUGUCUCUCACACACACACUCUCGUUGGCAUUCGCCCUCAGCUGACACAGUGCAGUGACACAGCUGCUAUGGGACCAAGCGAACUUCACCACAUGGACCUGGAGUAAAAUCUGCUGUAAACUGAAACGGCUCACACACACACACACACACUUGUGGAAACUAAAUACACAACCAAAGCGUGUUUUUCUUGACCAUGACGGAUACAGCAGCCGAGGAGGACAAGGACCCUGAUAUUGAGCUAUUUGUCAAGGCUGGGAGUGAUGGCGAGAGCAUUGGAAACUGUCCUUUCUCUCAGCGCCUCUUUAUGAUCCUCUGGCUGAAAGGCGUAGUCUUCAAUGUCACCACUGUUGACCUCAAGAGGAAACCGGCUGACCUUCACAACCUGGCUCCAGGGACACACCCGCCUUUCCUCACCUUCCAAGGGGAGGUUCUCACCGACGUCAACAAAAUAGAGGAGUACCUGGAGGCGAUGCUUGCUCCACCAAAGUAUCCCAGACUUGCGGCAAGGAAUCGUGAAUCCAACACAGCAGGAAAUGACAUAUUUGCCAAGUUUUCUGCUUACGUCAAAAACACAAGCCCAGAUAAGCAUCGUGCAUUAGAGAAUAGUCUGAACAAGGCCCUGGCUAAGCUGGAUGAGUAUCUGAUGAGCCCACUUCCUGAUGAUGUUCAGGAGGGAGAAUCCAACCGCAAAUACCUGGACGGAGACGAGCUGACGCUGGCUGACUGCAACCUUCUGCCCAAACUUCAUGUUUUGAAGGUGGUUUCGAAGAAAUACAGGAAGUACAAGAUCCCGUCUGAGUUCAGAGGGGUGUUGCGUUACCUCAGCAACGCCUACAGCCGAGACGAAUUCACCAACACGUGUCCAUCUGACGUGGAAAUCGAGCUUGCCUACAAGGACGUAGCAAAGAGGCUGGGAAAAUGAAUGCAUCGCAAAGUCACUUUUGUACCCUCCUCUCUAUUAAAUCUAUUAAAUCACACUUCUGACACACAGUAAAUGUGUUCUUUGCAAAGGAUGAGUCAUUUCUAACUGAAAUGUGCAAGUCUGGCGCCUCUGUGACAAACAAAUGCAAGGGCUUGAAAAUUACUUUGCUUUGGUGAUUUUACCGCUUAUAUUUCUUAAAAGAAAAACACAAUGAUUUUUAUUUAUUGAAGCAAAAAGUUUGCUUUCUUCUGUAGCUUGUGUUGUUUUAUUACGUUGUAGGGUCGAAUUAAUAGACAAGAAAGUGUUAUUGGAAAAUACUGUUAAGAAUGUGUUUUAGCCAAAGUGAUUGUAUUUUAUUGGGGUUGUGUCAGCCUCGUAGACUUUAUAGAUGUAGUGUUCUGCUUUUCCAAGUGAGGCAAUGACUGACCAGUUCAGUUUUGGCUUUAUUCAUCUGCCUGAACUGUGUAAUGAAGAUAGAUUUUCUUUAGAGAUUACAGAUCUCUUUUGAAACUCAGUUUUCUUACUUUCACAGUCUGUCAGGGCAGCUUAUACUUUCAGUCCCUGUCUGAAAUGGUCACAGUCUCACAGCAUUUUUUUUCAGAUUAAACGCAUACAUUCAGUUUGACUCAUCAGCUUUUAAUAUGAAAUAAAAAUCCCCAAACAAAGCAAGUUUACCCCAGCUGUCGUAAUGUCAUGUUACUUAGUGCAAACAGAUGGUAAUAAAUGUCAUUUUAAUCAUGCAUGCCUUAGUGGGAAUCAAAGUCUCCUCUGACUUCAACUCUUUAUGUCUGUACAGUAAAUUCUACAUGUUUGAAAAUUAUAUAAAUGUGAAUUAUCGAUUGUCAUCAAAGGACUUUUCAUGACCCACGGAGCUGUGUGACGAUUAUAUAAACUGAAUAUUCCUGUAAAUGAUUAUAGUUCAUCUAUUCUUUCUGAUGAUUAAAACCAUGAACCCACUGUGUAUAUGUCGCUUAUUUGAAUAAUAAACCUAUUUUCUCAGA